AAUAGUAUUCAAAUCCAAAGGAAGAAGAUACAUAUUCAUAUCUUUGCUGGCUAUCACUGAGAAAGAGAGUAAGUAAAUGGGAAUUGUGGAGGAAUGUUUGAUCAAGGAAAAAAUAUCACCUCCCAAUACCUAUGAUGCUGUUGUUCUUGGUGGCACCUUUGACCGGUUACACGACGGCCAUCGCCUUUUCCUCAAGGCAUCAGCAGAGCUAGCUAGAAAUAGAAUUGUUGUUGGAGUUUGUGAUGGUCCUAUGCUCACCAAUAAGCAGUUUGCUUACUUGAUACAGCCCAUUCAAGAAAGGAUGCGGAAUGUUCAAAAUUUCAUCAAGUCUAUAAAAUCUGAACUUGCAGUUCAAGUUGAACCUAUUAUAGAUCCCUAUGGACCUUCAAUCGUUGAUCCAAAUUUGGAGGCUAUAGUUGUAAGUAAGGAGACCGUAGCAGGUGGGAUCUCGGUUAAUAAGAAGAGGGCUGAGAAAGGACUUCCACUUCUAAAGAUUGAGGUUGUGGAUCUUCUUUCUGAAGGAUCUAGUGGAGAUAAGCUCAGCUCCACCAUGUUAAGAAGACUUGAGGCUGACAAGGCUCAAAAACAACCAGUCUCAGAAAAGGAACUUUAAGCUUCAAUCACUUCAGCGUAUUAGACUACGGCUUUAGCGAAUAUGUCACACGAAUUAGAAUAAUUUCUUGAUGUGAUCUCUACGGUGUUCUUUUUAAAAUAUAUUUUACGGAAUACAUAGAAAUAAAGCAAUGUGGUUCUUCUACACAUGCUUUUCACACAAUACCAUAAAAUCUUCAGUUGUUUCUAUUCAGAAUGGAUUAUGAUAAAAACUAGAGAUAAUUGUGUC